AUGGCAGCCUCUGUAGAUGUCCACUUACGAAUAUGUGAACAAGAAAUAAUCAAGUAUGAUUUAGAAAUAAAAGCUCUCAUUCAGGAUGUGAAUGACUGCACUGGACCACAAAGCAAACUCACAGAUUUAAAUUGUAAAGUGAAAGAGAAAUUCAACAAUCUUAGACAACGAAUCCAGGAUCUGGAACAAAUGGGAAAAGAACAGGACAAAGAGUCAGACAAGUUGACCCUUCUCAAUAAAGUUGAAGGGCAUCGGAAACAGAUGCUUAGUGAUCAAACAGCAUGGAGGAAGGCAAAUCUUGCAUGCAAACUCUCCAUUGAUAAGUUGGAGAAGGAAGAUUUAUUAAAUUCAGAGAACAUGUCUGUAAGGCACAGAAACAUGACGAAAGAGAGCCGGGUUCAGACCUCCAGUGACAUAACAGAGAGUCUAAUGAGCAUCAGCCGGAUGGUGUCUCAGCAGGUUCAGCAGAGUGAAGAGACAAUGAACUCACUUGCAACAUCUUCAAGGACAGUGCUGGAAACCCAUGAAGAGUUUAAAGCCAUGUCAGGCACCAUACAGCUGGGUAGAAAACUCAUCGUUAAAUAUAAUCGACGGGAACUUACUGAUAAGCUUCUUAUUUUUCUUGCUCUUGCUCUCUUCUUGGCUACAGUCUUGUAUAUUCUGAAGAAAAGACUCUUCCCUUUCUUUUGAGCA